AUUAGUUUUAGUCGGAACUUUUGAACCUUUGCUUUUAGGGGGUAGGUCGAACAACCCCUUAAUACGCACAUGCAACCUGCAUGCUAAUACAUCCCUGUUUCUCCAACGAAUAAACCUAUGUCUCUGAUUUUACGCAAAUAUCAUUCGGUUACUUAAGGAGAGUGUGUUCAAGUUGACAAGUUCGGUGCCUGUUGAUGCGGUUUUGACAAUAUGGCAGAAGCUCACCAGGCUGUGGCCUUUCAGUUCACGGUCUCUCCUGAAGGUAUUGACCUACAGUUGAGCCAUGAAGCGCUGCGACAGGUGUACCUCUCAGGCCUUCACUCCUGGAAGAAAAAAUUUAUCCGUUUCAAGAAUGGGGUGAUGACUGGCGUGUACCCGGGCAGUGCCCCCGGGUUGGCCCUGGUAUUGGGAGGAUACAUGGCCAGAGCCAAAUACACUCAGGUGGAUCCUUCUCUAGGUCUCCUCUGCAAAGUUGACAAGUUCAUUCCUAUCAGUAAGUACAUGUCUAGUGACAGCCAGCAGCUGGUGGGUGGUGUGCUAGUGGGCACAGGUAUGUGGAUGGUAAUCAUCUUCACCAUGAGGACCAUGCUGAAGUCACUGCUGUCCUGGCAUGGCUGGAUGUAUGAACGCCAUGGUACCAUGUCCUGGAAAACACGCGCUUGGGUGAUACUGGUGAAGGUUUUCUCUGGGAUACGAACUCCGAUGCUGUACAGUUUUCAGACAUCACUUCCGCGCCUGCCAUUGCCAUCGGUGAAGGACACACUGAGGAGAUAUCUGGAGUCAGUGCGUCCUCUUCUGGAAGAUGAAGAUUACAAAAGGAUGGAGAGUCUUGCACUGGACUUUGAGAAGAAUCUUGGGCCAAAACUGCAAUGGUACCUUAAGCUCAAAUCAUGGUGGGCCACCAAUUAUGUGAGCGACUGGUGGGAGGAGUAUAUCUAUCUUCGAGGUCGUGGACCAAUCAUGGUCAACAGUAACUACUAUGCUAUGGAUUUUCUGUAUGUGUUUCCCACACACCUGCAGGCAGCCAGAGCAGGGAAUGCCAUCCAUGCCAUUAUGCUGUACAGACAUAAACUGGACAGAGAGCAAAUCAAACCGCUUAUGCUCCAAAAGUCCAUUCCCAUGUGUUCAUCCCAAUAUGAGCGUAUGUUCAACACCAGCCGUAUCCCAGGGGUAGACACAGACACAGUGCAGCAUAUGACAGACAGCAGACAUAUUGUGGUGUACCACAAGGGGCGCUAUUUUAAAGUCUGGAUGUUUUACGACGGCCGGUUGUUGUUGCCCAGAGAGAUUGAGCAGCAAAUGGAGAGAAUCCUGGCGGACACGUCAGAGCCCCAACCAGGGGAGGAGACUCUAGCAGCACUGACUGCAGGAGACAGAGUGCCGUGGGCAUGUGCCCGCAGUGCCUACCUGAGGCAGGGUAAGAACAGGCAGUCCCUGGACGCCGUAGAAAAAGCUGCUUUCUUCGUUACUCUGGAUGACACGGAACAAUGCUAUGACCCCGACAACCCAGUGGGGUCUUUGGACAAAUAUGCCAAAUCCCUGCUGCAUGGAAAAUGCUAUGACAGGUGGUUUGAUAAAUCUUUCAACCUGAUUGUGUUUAAAAACGGCACCAUGGGACUGAAUGCAGAGCACAGCUGGGCUGACGCUCCCAUCAUAGGACACAUGUGGGAGCAUGUAUUGUCUAUGGAUCCAGUGAGGCUGGGGUACACGGCAGAGGGCCACUGUAAGGGUAAUCCCCAUCCCAACCUGCCUGGACCUCAGAGACUGACCUGGACCAUCCCACCUGAGUGCCAGACGAUGAUUGGCUACUCUCUCUCAGUGGCUCAGGCCCUUGCUGAUGAUGUGGACUCCCACAUCAUCCCCUUUGACAGUUUUGGUAAAGGCCUGAUAAAGAAAACCAAGACUAGCCCAGAUGCCUUCAUCCAAAUAGCCCUGCAGCUUGCCCACUACAGGGAUAAAGGGAAGUUCUGUCUGACGUACGAAGCAUCUAUGACACGUCUGUUCAGAGAGGGGCGGACAGAAACAGUCCGCUCCUGUACCAUGGAGUCCUGCGACUUUGUCCGCGCUAUGAUCAACAACGACGCGAGGGAACAGAAGCUUAAGCUACUGAAGAAAGCAGCAGAGAAACACCAGCAGAUGUACCGAAUGGCCAUGAUAGGAAAGGGCAUUGACCGCCAUCUCUUCUGCCUGUAUGUGGUGUCCAAAUACCUGGGACAGGACUCUCCAUUCCUCCAAGAGGUUCUCUCUGAGCCUUGGAAACUGUCCACCAGUCAGACUCCUCUCCAGCAGGUGGAGCUGUUUGAUCUGGUCAGGCAUCCCGAAUAUGUCACCUCUGGUGGGGGCUUUGGACCGGUGGCAGAUGAUGGCUAUGGUGUGUCUUACGUCAUUGUUGGAGAAAAUCACAUUAAUUUCCACAUCUCCUCAAAGCAUUCCAGCCCAGAGACAGAUUCACACCGCUUUGGAAACAACAUCAGACAAGCCAUGCUGGACAUGUUGGAUCUGUUCCAGCUGAAAGCAGACAUCCCUAAGUGAGAGUUCAUGCAAUGGGUGAAAAUUUACAGAAUUA